AUGGCACCACCCGCUGGAGCAUCAGCUUCCAAGGCGCCGUCAAUGAGGGCAUUGACAGCGCGACUGAAGGCAGCUCAACUGUCCUUCAACGACAUUCAGCGGUUCACUGAGGCAUUUUCUGAUGCCAAUACUGUUACAGAGGUGGAAAUACGUAUUGCAAAACUGGAUGAGCUGUGGGAGAGCUACAGUGCUACCAUGGUGGAGAUCUUCGCUCACGAAGAAUACAACGAGGAAAAGACGUCGCUUGAGAAGGAACGUGCGGAAUUCAGCGAUCGAUAUUAUGAGAUCAAGUCCUUCCUAACGGACAAGAUCAAAUCGUUCCAGAAACCCCAGGUUCUAGAACAGCCGAACCGAGGUGGAGAUGGGGCUUCAGCAAUUGUCGAUCACGUACGUUUGCCGCAGAUCCAGCUGCAGACGUUCAACGGGGACAUCGACGAGUGGCUGAGUUUCCGCGACCUAUUCACAUCGCUCAUCCACUGGAAAGUGGAUCUACCGGAAGUGGAAAAACUUCAUUACCUGAAGGGCUGUCUUCAAGGAGAACCCAAGGCUCUCAUUGAUCCACUUCCAAUCACAAAGGCCAACUAUCAAGUGGCGUGGGAUUUGCUGUUGCGGCGCUACAAUAACAGCAAGCAGCUAAGGAAGCGGCAGGUACAAGCUCUCUUCAAGCUGCCCACACUCUCGAAGGAAUCAGGUGCAGACCUUCACACCCUGGUUGAAGGCUUUGAACGAAUCGUGCACACACUCGACCAGGUCGUUCAGCCGAACGAGUACAAGGAUCUUUUGUUUGUGAACAUCCUCACUGCACGAUUGGAUCCAGUUACGCGUAGGGGGUGGGAAGAGGUCUCAUCGGCGAAGCAGCAGGAUACAUUGGAGGAUUUAUUCGAGUUUCUGCGGCGUCGAAUCCAGGUUUUGGACAGCCUUCCGGCAAAAUCUACCGACACUAGGUGCCGGUCAAAUACAGCAGUACUCGAAGGCGAAGCAAUCAACGGUGAAGACCAGCUAUAG